AUGAUUUUCUUUUCUGUUUCUCUUAGUCUGUCUUUAAAUCUCUUCUUCACUCACCUUUUCAUAUAUCUCCACACUCUCUUUCUCUCUCUCUCUCUAUCUCUCUUUCAAACACACUUUCUUGUUUUCUUCUCACUUUUUGGCAUUGUCUCUCUCACUUAUUCUUGUUUCUCUCUCUUUUAUCCCUUCACUCAUUUUUUAUUCUUGCUUUUAAACUCUUUCUUUGGUAUAUACUCUUUCUGUUAUACACUUUCUUGCAUUCUUCCUCACUUUCAUACAUUGUCUGUCACACUCUUUCUUGAUCUCUCUCUUUCUCUUGUACAUUGUUUCUCUGAUUCUUAUUUUAAAUCUCUCUCUUUUGUAGCUUCCUUUUUUUCUCUUACACACACUUUAUUGCUUACUCUCUGUUGUGUUUGCACCAGGCUCUUCCUCCAUUGCAAUAUCUACCAGCUCUCUUUUCAAUCUAAACUGGUCUUUAUGAGACACCCUUCAAGGAAAGAUAACCCCACUCCCAAAUGUAGAAACCUCAUUUAUAUACAAUCUAAUUUGCAUAUCACCACACUCACUUUUGUACGUUGUCCCUCACACUCUUUUUUACUCUCUUUCUUUCUCAUGUAUUGUCGCUCUCUUUUUAACCUUAAAUCUCUCUCUUACAUAUCUCCUCUCCCUCUCUUACACACACACACACACUUGUUUACUCACUUUUGUCUCUCUCCUUCUUUCAUGCUUUCUCUUGUAACUUCUUUCUCUCUUGAUUUAAGAGUUUUUGUCUCUCUCACACUUAAGCCCAUGUCUCUCUCACACUUACUUGCCUUCUCUCUCACUUUUGUACUUUGUCUCAUUCUUUUUUGUCUUCCCUCUCUCUCUCUCUUAUACAUUGUAUCUUUCUUUCUUAAUUUAAAUCUCACUUUAAUCUCAACUCUUUCUCUCGCACACAUCAUAUUGCUUACUCUCUCAUUUUAUACAUUAGUUCAUCCACUCUUUCUUACUUUCUCAUUCCUCUCUCUUUUUUCACCUUGCCUCUUUCUCUCUCACUCUUGCUUGUAUAUUUUAUCUUUUUUUUCUUACUUUAAAUCUCUAUUGUUUUCUCUCUCAUACUCUCUCUCUCACUUUUUUAUGUUGUCUGUCUCUUACUUUAAAUCUCUCUCUUUGGUAUCUUCUCUCUCACACACAUUCUCGCUUCACUCCCUUACUUUUUUCACAUUGUCUUGCUCAUUCUUUCUUGUUUUGUUUUUCUCUUUCUCUUUCUCUCUCUCUCUCUCUCUCUUUCUCUUUGUCUGUCUGUCUGUCUGUCUCUCUCUCUCUCUCUCUCUCUCACACACACACACACACACUUUCCUACAUUCUCUCUCACUUUUCAACCUUGUCUUUAUCAUUCAAUCUUGCUUUCUUUCCAUUUCAGUGAAUUUAUUUUUUAGUAUGUUCCUGGUUUAG